AUGCAUGUCUUGGGUGCGCUUUACAGUAAUCAGAUAGCCACUGGUGGCCCCCUUGGUUAUGUUUCCCAUAUACGGGUUUCCUUCCUUCGUGUUCGACAUCAGUACCAAUCCUCCGACGGGUCGCUACAACGACAAAGUAUUUCUGCUAAUUACACGCUGGGGUGGUCGCGAUUUCAGGAGUCGACUUUGGGCCAAUCGCGAAUCGAGGCCAUCUUGCAGGAGAAACUACUGGAAUCUAGCCAUGUCGAAGUUCGAAGGAACACGGUACCGACCUCGCUUGAUAUCGACCAGAGCCUCGUGCAGAAUCAUGACCAACAUUCCUUCCCGAUUCGGGUGGGGCUGAUACCAGUUCCAGGCGUGGAGGCAUCUAAGGCUGAACAUGCGGACACGUGUGUGGAGAGCACUCAAGAGGUCAUCGAGGCUAAAUAUCUGCUUGGUUGUGAUGGUGCACACAGCUGGGUUCGUAAGCAACUGGGUUUGAAACUCGAGGGCGCCUCUCGAGACGUGGACUGGGGGGUCCUGGAUGUAUUCCCGAUCACGGAUUUUCCGGAUAUUCGUCGACGAAGUAUCAUUAAAUCCCGGUUUGGAAACCUGAUGAUCAUUCCACGCGAGCGGAAACUUGUUCGAAUGUAUGUCCAGGUAUCGGCUACUCUGGCUGAAAAGUACCGAGCGAGCGAUCGGGAUCCGAAUGUGAUCAUGCAGCCAUAUCAUUUUGACGCAUCGCGUAUUGAAUGGUCGACGACAUAUUCUGUCAGUUAA